AUGCGAGGAGACGGUGCGAGACUUUACACCGACAAAAUGAUCCGAUGUGUUCCGUCUGUAUUACCCGUAUCAACCUAAAACUUAAUACAUGGUGCAAUUAUCAGUAAUUCUAGAAUCACGCUAUAUCUUGGACAGUUAUGAGAAAUCGAAGACUGUUUAUCAAAGUUUUCGCUUUGACCUCUCUUUUCUGGUUAGCGGUGGACAUCCUCUACGUCUUAACCUCGAUGAACAGUCAGCUCAGUCUUUUCGACGCGGAGUCUUUCAUUCCAGAGGACGUGUCCUCAAAUUCAAAUUCUCACGGAAGGAGGUCAGAUGAGUCUAUAAUCCAGGAACCUUAUUUUAAGGAGGUUAUCCCAGGAUUAGGGGAUAAUGGAGAGCCUGCCUCGCUGCCUGCUCAGUUCAAGACAGAAGCUGAACGCGUGUUUGAUAAUCACUCCUUUAACGUGAUACUUAGCGACCACAUUUCGCUUGAUAGGACACUCAAGGAUGUCAGAGGACCUAAGUAAGUAAGGUUUGACCUUGCCAAAAGUGUUAAAAGUUGCGAAAACAAAUUGGACGCAAGGGCAUGAAAAAUCGAGGCGGGACACACAUUUUUGCAUAAAUCUACCCAUUUGUUAUUCGAUUUCAAAGUCAAAGGGCCAUGCUGCGCAAUUCGGUUUUUCACAAUUGGCCCGACGGAACAUAAAACUAAAACAAGAAACAAAAGCAGGUAUCGUAAUAAGAGCAAUAUCUGUAAGUAAUUCAAGUUUCGCGUGAACGUUUGUCCCACGUAUUGUAUCCCUGGUUUAUUUCCCUGUACGAAAUUUGCCUCGGGACGUAUCCCGGGGGCGGGGGGGUUCUUUACGAAUUUUUGGGUGGGGAUGUGCCGCUGGGACCCGGGAAGCCUUAGCCUAUACCAGAGCUAGUUCAGCUGAAUUUUGCUACCCUAUACUAGUACUAGACUAAACUCCUCAAAAUCUCCUACUAUCCUAGAGUAGCUGUUUUCCAGAAGCUACUGAGGUCAUUAGCACAGUUCAGCCACAAAAAACCGAUUUGAUUUAAAUUUUCGAGUGGCAAUUGCCCGUUUCCCUAGUCUAGGCUAAAAUCUUAAACCAAUUGAUCAGUUUCCUGGAAGGUGAUACCCAAACUCUCUGAUUUUUACAGUACCUUUUCCCAGAGUACACUGCCUGAAAACCAUACCCUUCACAGCAGCACAUACCUGUUCUACCCCUAUAUGGCAGUACCAUCCCCCACCGUCGGGGAUCGUGUAAGGGUGCUCGCGUACGAUAACACUUUUAAGUCACACUUGUCAUAGGACUUCACCAACAGACUUGAGUACGGAACCACAUAGUGUAGCAUGAUAAACAGUACCACAAGAAAAUACUACCCAGUAGCUUUCAUUUUUUGUUGAGUAGACUGUUCCAGAUCCUAAGAUAGUAGGAACGUCAAGAAAACAAGGUCAAGCAAAAAUAAGACGGGCGUGCAGGAAAAGGGGACGGGGGCGGAAAAAAAGGAGAGGUUCCAAGAUAGUACGUGAAGUGAUCGGAAAACGCGCGGGGCCACCGCCCCUUUUUUCCACAUCACACCUGUCUUAUUUUCAAUUGACUUGUUUUCUCGCCGUCUGUACUAUGACUUCUUUCUGAGAGACUGGAAGAGCCUACCAUUAAAGCCACCUUGAACAGAACCACAGGACAGUAUUAUCUAGGCCAUGCUAACACUUUACUGGAUAGCUUCUACGCCGGCACGAAAACCAUACUAGGUAGGACUUCUGUUCAUACAUUUCAAAAGCGAUUACGGCGCGAUUUCUGUAACGGAACGAAGCUGCUCUGCGCUGAUCUCUGAGGUGGGGAGUCACAUAUCGGUUGGGUGUUCAUACUUUAAAACCAGAGAGCUUUUCGCGUCAGCACGAAAAUCUAUCCCGCGGUCGUGUGAAUAUACGGCUUAAUAGCUUCCAUUUCAAUGGUCACACUUUAGGAAUUCAUCCGUACAACAGAUUUACAAGUUAGAACCACUUUAUAUAGCAUAAUAAAUAGUGAAAAACCUUAGGACAGUGCAGCUCAGUAUCUUUCUUUUUAAUAGCAGUGGCGGAUCCAGGGGAGGGGCCCGGGGGGGCCAGUUCCCCCUUAUUUUUAUUUAGACUGGCCCCCACUUCCCUUAUCUCAGGUUCUGGAUGACCAGGCCCCUCCCCCCACCUCCCCCUUAUCUGAAGGUCUGGAACCGCCACUGAAUAGUCACACUUAAGAAUUUUAUCCACAGACUAAAAGUUAGAACCACAUUAAACGGCAUAAUAGCUUUCAUUUAAUAUGAUUCGAAACACUAAACGAUACCAAUUUCAGACUGAGAGGUAUAACUUCAUUUUCUUCCUUUCUUGCCUAUUUUCUUCUUCUUUAUUCUCAGAUGUCGUGAGAAGCACAAAACAUACCCAACCAAGCUUCCUACUACAAGUGUGAUAGUCUGUUUUCACAAUGAAGCAUUGUCCGUGUUGCUAAGAACAGUACACAGUGUUCUCAAUCGUUCGCCUCCACAUCUUCUGGCAGAUAUUAUCCUCGUGGAUGAUUUUAGUGAAUACGGUAAGUUUAAUAAUGCGAACGAGCAUUUAGUUUGCGUAGCAGUCGUUUCCCAUUUCCUUUAAGGUGACUCGACCCAGUUUUUUUGGGAGGGUACCAUCCUACUUUGAAGCUCUCUGGUAUCCCCACCUUUACUUUUAUCGUAAGUCUAACACAUAGAAUGGAUAACAUAUAGAUCAAUCUACAAUAUAAUAUAAAAUUUUUGGCGAUCGGAGUAAAUGUCACGUGGUUAUAAUGCCACGCCCCUUUGAGGUCUGAGUCGAAAAUCUGCUGUUGCCGGCAUUUUUUCGUGAAAAUCUCUCGGCUACACAUAGUGCGCAUUAGUGCCUUGCGCUGAACAGAGUUUCACCAAAAUCGCAAAGACCCAAUUCGAGAAAUUCAGCGGUUUCCAAAUUUAGGUCAUAAUUUAUGCGAAAAUGAUAAGCAAACUUUACACGGAUUAUAUCUAAUAAACUAUGAGAUUCAUCUCUUUAUUUUGGGCAUCGUUAUAACAGAUGGGUCCUUGCAAGUCAGCAAAACGCUUUAGGGCCUUGUAAAUGCGCGCGAUUUCGAGCAAAGCAAACAUAUAGAAAUUAUAGUUUUCGCUAUUUGUUGACGUUUGUCAGCGUUUAAGAGUCCUUCUCACGAAAAAAGCAUUUUCUUAAAAAUUCGUAGUUUUUUUUCCUUCAAAUUUUUUCAGGGCCACAAUUGAUUAACUAACUACCCGGACUCUGAAUUUCAUGGUCAUUGAAAAACUGUGACAUUAUCUUCUAUAAGCCCAAACUUGAGUAAACAUUGAAGAUUUUUAGCGUUUUGGCUGAGUUUGUGCUUUGGGAGUUGUCUAUUGUUUCUAGUCUGUCAUUAUACAGCAUUCUUGUUCAGCACGCGUGCAAUGACCGCGCUUGGCUGACUUCCGAAUGCUCACCGAGAUAUAAUAAUUUUGGUACAGUGAGACAGGCCAUCGCGUGAUACAUAGAGGUUUAAGUCACAAUUUUUAAUCAAUUCUCGUGCUUCUUGUGCCUUUGCAAAAAAAUCAAGAAGUGCUACACACUAAAUCUACUUACUAUUAAAAAAAUAUCAUUUUUUCAUAGGUUUAAUGCAAGCCAAUAAUUAAACCAACUCGUGACGGGAAUAUCUCGGUGAGCAUUCGGAAGUCAGCCAAGCGUGGUCAUUGCACGCGUGCUGAACAAGAAUGCUGUAUAAUGACAGACUAGAAACAAUAGACAACUCCCAAAGCACAAACUCAGCCAAAACGCUAAAAAUCUUCAAUGUUUACUCAAGUUUGGGCUUAUAGAAGAUAAUGUCACAGUUUUUCAAUGACCAUGAAAUUCAGAGUCCGGGUAGUUAGUUAAUCAAUUGUGGCCCUGAAAAAAUUUGAAGGAAAAAAAACUACGAAUUUUUAAGAAAAUGCUUUUUUCGUGAGAAGGACUCUUAAACGCUGACAAACGUCAACAAAUAGCGAAAACUAUAAUUUCUAUAUGUUUGCUUUGCUCGAAAUCGCGCGCAUUUACAAGGCCCUAAAGCGUUUUGCUGACUUGCAAGGACCCAUCUGUUAUAACGAUGCCCAAAAUAAAGAGAUGAAUCUCAUAGUUUAUUAGAUAUAAUCCGUGUAAAGUUUGCUCAUCAUUUUCGCAUAAAUUAUGACCUAAAUUUGGAAACCGCUGAAUUUCUCGAAUUGGGUCUUUGCCAUUUUGGUGAAACUCUGUUCAGCGCAAGGCACUAAUGCGCACUAUGUGUAGCCGAGAGAUUUUCACGAAAGAAUGCCGGCAAAAGCAGAUUUUCGACUCAGACCUCAAAGGGGCGUGGCAUUAUAACCACGUGACAUUUACUCCGAUCGCCAAAAAUUUUAUGUUAUAUUGUAGAUUGAUCUGUAUGUUAUCCAUUCUAUGUGUUAGACUUACGAUAAAAGUAAAGGUGUGGAUACCAGAGAGCUUCAAAGUAGGAUGGUACCCCCCCAAAAAAACUGGGUCGAGUCACCUUAAGCCAAGCGGGAAGAAAUAAAUAAAUAAACGGAGCGGGGGAGGGCGGGGAAGGAAAGGAAGCCCCUCCCCACCCCUCCUACCUUCUACUCCUUUUUGCCCAAUACUGAACUGAAAAACUGAAAACUUUAUUUAUACUCGAGGGUCUGGAGCUUAUUAGGCUCCUAGCUUAAAUAGCUAAUGAGUCGAGGUUAAAAACAAACAAAAAGAAAUGAAUUGAAUUUAAACUAUUUACAUCAUGAUACGAUAUUGUUUACAGAUAAUGAUUCUAAAAGGUACAAUAUUGACGAUAGUCUAACAGUUACAUAAAGAGCAGUUACAUGCGUCAAAGGUGAUCUUUCUGAUCAAUGCCCUUGAGCGUCUUUCGUUCUUGCCCCACGUGGCUUAAUUGAAACGGAAACGACUGUUACGCAUGCGCAGGCUAACGAGGUUUUUUCCCACGGCUGAAUAGAGUAUGUCUUUUAUCUUUCCGAUAAAAAAUGCUUUUUACGCGCUUUUGAGUUUUACUCUCACAGUGAAAAAGAUUUAAGCUAUAUUCAAUAUGGUAGUAGCUCUACUUUGGUUUUAUUGUCACUUUCAAGAACUGUGUUCUUGAGCAGAUAAAACGCCAAACUAUAAAUGCCGAAUUUUUGUAUGAUUAAAUAAGCGAUUAAGAGGUAGCGCAUUCAGCAGUUCUUUGUCUACAUGACCAUUCCGGAUUAGGAGCUAGAAUUUGGAAAAAUUGGCUGUUGAGGAGAGGGAAAAACAGAGAACCUAGAGAAAAAUCUAUCAGGCAAGAGCGAUAAUAGAUGGGGGAGAAGUGUGCCCGUCAGAUCAACAUGGUAGCAUGAAAACUAGAUAACCUACCACUUAUUAACCGAGAGAGAGUGAGGUCAUUACAGGGAAAUCUCAGACCGUGGCCUGUUCAAGGUCUAGGUCUGUAUGGUCUUUUUAUGCGCAGUUCUUCCUCCUCUGGAUAAUGAAUUUCGCUCUCGCUGUGGCUCUCUUCGUCACUCAUACUAAAGAAGUAUCGGUUUGCUAGUUUUUUUUCAGUUAUUGAAAAGAAAGUUAUUUUUUCGGCAUUUUUUUGUUGUCUCGGUCCUCGAGCACGUAGCGUUUACUCACAGCUCAAAAGAGCCGCCGAGCAGAGAAAAAAUUUCAUAAUGACCGGUCAAUACCAGACUUGCCCGGUCAGCAGCCAAUCAGAGCGCGCGUACUAUAGUAGUCAUGUUAUAAUGAUAGAUGGGAUUUUCACUGAUUUCAUAAUCAACAGAAAACCUUAAGAAGCCUUUAGAAGAGCAAGUGCGACAGUUCGGAAAGGUGAAAAUCCUCCGGAUACCAAGACGAGAAGGACUGGUGCGAGCACGGUUGCGCGGAGCCGAAAUUUCUCGGGGAGAUGUUCUGACCUUCUUGGACUCCCAUUGUGAGGCCACAGAAGGAUGGCUCGAGCCUCUAUUGGCGCGUAUUGCGCAGAAUCGUACCAAUGUCGUUUGUCCUGUAAUAGAAGUAAUUGAUGCGGACGACUUUGGAUACCAUGCAUCUGACGUCAUUUAUGAGCGCGGUGGGUUUACCUGGGAUUUGUUUUUUACUUGGAAAGCUAUUCCGGAGGAAGAGAAGAAAAGAAGGAAAGACGAAACGGACUUUAUUAGGUAGGUUAGAACUUGAUGUUGUUGCUUCUGUUUCUUAACAUUAUAACAGAUGAAUUAUUAGAUGAUCGCAUGAGUUAGCUGAGCCUGCGAGCAAAUUCCUAGGCAACCAUUUUCUGUUUUCCCCACCCACCGACCCAAAAUAUGUUUCAAAUACUUGAUUNAAUCGUACCAAUGUCGUUUGUCCUGUAAUAGAAGUAAUUGAUGCGGACGACUUUGGAUACCAUGCAUCUGACGUCAUUUAUGAGCGCGGUGGGUUUACCUGGGAUUUGUUUUUUACUUGGAAAGCUAUUCCAGAGGAAGAGAAAAAAAGAAGGAAGGACGAAACGGACUUUAUUAGGUAGGUUAGAAUUUGAUGUCGUUGCUUCUGUUUCAUAACAUUUUAACAGAUGAAUUAUUAGAUGAUCGCAAGAGUUAGCUGAGCCCGCGAGCAAAUUCCUAGGAAACCAUUUUCAAAACUCGUCACCCACCGACCCACCGACCCAAAAUGUGUUUCAAAUACUUGAGGUAAUCUCUGAUUGGCUAAGAAUAAUAAUAAGAAUUAUUAUCAUGAUAACAAUCAUAAUAAUGAUGAUAAUGAUAAUGAUAAUCAGAAUUCGUGUUGCCAUUCAGUCGCGGGAAAAUUUGUCGGCUGAUGGUUUCGCGCUAUAGCUUGAGGAAAGACUUAUUUAAGCAGACACUUUACAUUCAUAGCGCGCUUGUUUCGCAUCAUAGCUUGUGCAAGUCGCGUUGUUUGUUGAUUAUUAUAAGAAGUCCAUGUGCACUCCAAUGGACGCCAUUGGACAGCGCUAACAUCUAGUUUCCUAGACCUCCGGUUCUGUAGUUUACGACCAGACUUCGAUUAAGCCCAUGACGAUGCGACUUUAAAAGACAAAAAUUUUUAUCCUCACCAUGUUUUUCACUGAACCUCAUUUCCGGUUGCUCAGUUUUAGGACUAGACUUUUUCUUAGUCCAUCUGACUCAUAGCUCCGACGGUUUAUAUUGGACACGGAUGUCUCUCAGUGUGUUCAUUUGAUUCUAUGUUGCGUUGCACAUAUUAUUUUUUUUUCAGGAGCCCAACAAUGGCAGGAGGCUUGUUCUCGAUGCAUAAACAAUAUUUUUACGAUCUGGGAACAUAUGAUGACCAAAUGGACAUAUGGGGAGGGGAGAAUCUGGAACUGUCUUUCAGAGUAAGCAUAAAUCAUUAUCCAAGAAAGAGAAGAAGUGACUGAUGCAUCUAUUGGGUGAGGGGGAAAGGUUACCCCGAAAAAUCGAAAGAGGGGGCCAUUCUCGGGUUAGAGAUUUGGACCUAACUCAAUGCGCCACUCUUAAUUACAUAAUAAUAAUAAUCUAGGGACUGUUCUUUUACAUUCAAUUGUCGCUCGGGGGGGGGGGGGGAUCUCUUUUCCCCUUAUAUUUUUUUAUUUUUCGGUGGGUUGCCCCCCCCCCCUCCGGCGCUUUUUUGAAAGAUUUUGUUCUCCCCAAACCCUGGUGGUGUUUGUUUUGCGCUUUUUUUUGCACACAGACAAGAAAAGUACUUUUACGGGGGGGGGGGGGGGGUACUCUAUUUCCCUGAUAUCAUAUUAAGUUUACCUGGGUUUGCCCCACCUCUCCAGUGGCUCUUUUGUAAGACGAUUUGCUCUCGCAACACUUGUGGUUGUUGAAUUACGCGUAUUUGUGUUCAACCAGUACAAAGUUAGAUCUUCUUUUAAAAUAGAUCUCAAAUACUCUAAAAUUAAGAAAAGCUGUAACUAUCAACGCGCGUCUUUCUUUUUUAUAAAAUACCUUUUAGGUCUGGAUGUGUGGGGGUCAACUAGAAAUAGUGCCCUGUUCACGUGUUGGUCACGUCUUCCGUAAGUACACAUCGCCAUAUAAAUUUCCCAAGGGAACAGCAGUGACCCUAGCGAAGAAUUUCAACCGCUUAGCUGAAGUAUGGAUGGACGAGUACAAGGAGAUUUACUACAGGUACGAAAACGAUCUUCUGGAGAAUUCUACUGCGCAGCUCAUGCAUUCUUCAUGCAGCUGCGUCAUAGCAGAAGGAAUAUAUAAACAAAGUGAGGAGCUUGAUAGGUUCUUUGAGUAUAUAAUGCAUUGGUAGACAAUUUUGUACUUAUCGGCUAGUCCAAGGAUGAACUAAAAUAUUGAAAUAACAGUUAUCAACUAUAGAAAAAAUCUACAGGAGAGCCAAAAGGGCAUAAACGGUCGAACAGAAUUGGAAAGGAUUAAAUGGAUUUGAAAUCAUUCUUGAAACUGCUGCUCAACCGGUUUCUUAGUUGAGAUUUAUCCCUGACAUUUACAGCGUUUUAUCUAGGGUAUUUGAGGGGUAGAGGCUCCCCCCCUAAAAUGCCUCGCUUCCCCCCCAAAUAUAUUGUUAUCAUUACGGUAUAUAUUUAAGUAACUAAAUCAGAAAAAUCAUCCAGACGCAACGAGGUCAGUGCACACACUGUAACAUUUCUCAAAAUUGUCUCAAAAUGCACCAAAUUGCAUCUCAGCGCAUAUUCAUUCCAAAAAAUUUCCGGGGAGCAUGCCCCGGACCCAUUAGGAAGCUCGUCGCCUUCGGCUACUCGGGACGUCUCCCCCAAACGAUAAGUCCUAGAUUUACGUUCCUUCAAAAAUUGGUGAGAUACUCUCUGUUGAGUCCGGGAUUACAUUUCUAACAUUGAAAAAUUCCUUAUGUGCAGGAGAAAAUCUGAAGAAGAAAAGAACGUUGACAUUGGCGACAUUAGCGAGCGACUCAAGCUCAGAAGAAGACUGGGUUGUAAAAACUUCAAAUGGUAUUUAGAAAACGUGUUCCCGGAUCUAGCAUCAGUGGACCCCAAUCCCCCAGCGCAAGGCGAGGUAAAGAAAAAGUAACCAACAAGUACUGAACGAAAGAUCAGACGAAAAAAUGUAUUUUAAAAUUUGUUUUCUCGUUACAAGCAAGUACGUUGUUGAUGAAGAUCUCAAUUCUGUUUUAAUUUAGAUUCGCAAUGGUGAGUUUCCUCUUUGUGUCGACACUCUUGGAGAGAAAGGCUCUAAAAUCGAGCAAGUGGGCCUGUACACGUGUCACGGAAUGGGAGGAAAUCAGGUCAGUGGUCUCUCCACAUUACACAUGCGCCCUCUCUUUUCCUAAACAUCAAAUAAGGUCCCGUAUGUUCCCUGAUCAGCGGCCGAAAAAAGUCUACCUUAGGAAGUGGCGGACACACGUACAUGAAGCAAUACAGGGUUUUCCGAGAAGUCCUGCUCCUGUUCAAAUUCAUUAAUUUCCUUUCUUUUUUUUGGUAAUUACUUUUCCAUACCACUGGAAAAUAAACCCUACGACGAUUUAUUCACGUUCUUGCAACUUUUUAUAUAUUUUUUUCUGCCUUGUCAAAACGUCUUCUUACAAAGCAACUGUGACCAGCAACUAUGCAAAUUGCUUGGAACAAAAGAACAUUUUUACAUGACAAGAGUCAAAUCCCCAGGAGAUUUUUUUGGUAUACCGACAUGGACGCCAUUUUGUUUUGUAUAUGGCCGCCGUGAAGUCAUGUGAAAACGAUCUAUAAGGUAACACUAUUCGGCAAGCACUUUUUAAAACUCCCCAAAUGAACGGACUGAAUUUUACUAUUUCCAGUUUUUCACUUUGACGAGGAUCAAUGAAAUACAGUUUAAUGACGACAAGUGUUUGGACGCGCCGCGGAGCGCGCCGGGAAGCUUUGUGGAGAUGAUCACGUGUCAUGGUCUUAAAGGAAACCAAGAAUGGAAACACGAUAAAAACAAGGUUAAAUUCUCUGGCUUGCAAACACGUAACAAGGGGGCCAUGUUGAUGGUGUGUUGGUAGUCAAUGCAAUAGAUUUUUUCUCGAAAAAUUUACAUGAAAAUGGGGUUUAGUUUAUUUUUAGUUUAGUGUAGUUUAGAGGAGAGAAAUGCUUUUGUUCUUAACCUUAACACACUACCAACACAGCUUCCGUGACGUCACGUGCAAACCAGCAAUUAUAAAUUGAUUCGAAAUUCUUCAAUACCUUACUAAUUGAAUAUGGAAAGUGUACUACUAAGCCUGGUUCACUCCCUUGAAAUAGGAACCAAGCUUAUUCACCGGAAGUCGUUUUGGAACUCAGUAGAAAGGCUAAAAAAUCAUUCAAAUCAUAAUCAUUGCCUGUAAAAUAAUUUAAAUCAAGAGAGAAUGAUGGGACAAAGAGUGAAUCUUUGGGCGUUGGCCGGGAUACGUGACUUUCACUUACCGCCCCGCCCCGUCCCACCACACCCCCUCCUCCUCCCACUCAACUCAAAUAAGCUUCCUCGCCAUUAGCGUUUUAAUUAGGUUUUCUUUUUUUUUUUACAUCACUAUGGCAAAACAAUAAACUGAACUAAAAUGAUCUAUUCCGUUCACUGAUGUUUUUCUUCUACUUCUUCAGGGUACAAUAGUACACGUGUGGUCAGAAACAUGCCUUGACAUUUCAAAGGACAAGGAAUACUUGGUUGUUAAUCCAUGCAAAAGGGGAAGAACAACACAACAAUGGACAUUUUCACGAUAUCAACAAGCCAACAUUAAGAUCGCCUAG